AUGUUCCACCUCGCCUUGGUAUCCGCGGCACUCAGCCUCUUCCCUCGGGCUUUUGCACACGGCGGUGUUUUAGCCUACUCGAACGCGGGGAAGUGGUAUGACGGUUGGCACCCGUACAACACUCCCGUCGGGCAGACUUCCAUCCAAAGGCCGUGGGCGACUUAUGACCCGAUCCAGGACCCCGCAUCUUCUACUAUCGCCUGCAACGACGACGGCAUGUCGUCCGCCGCUCAGCUUACGGCGACCGUCGCUGCUGGCUCCGCCAUCGUCGCCUAUUGGAACGACUGGCCCCACCCUUACGGGCCCAUGUUGACGUACCUCGCUCAGUGCCCUGGUUCAACAUGUACUGGCGUCUCCGCGAACAGCCUCAAAUGGUUCAAGAUCGACCAAUCGGGUCUCAUAUCCGGGACGGUCGGAAACGGCUACUGGGGUUCUGGGAAGAUGAUCGACAACAACAACACCUGGACCACGACGAUCCCCAGCAGCGUCCCAAGCGGGAACUACCUCAUCCGAUUCGAGACUAUCGCGUUGCAUUCCCUUCCCGCUCAAUUCUAUCCGGAGUGCGCUCAGAUCACCAUCACGGGCGGCGGGAACAAGGCACCCUCCGCGUCGGAGCUUGUAUCCUUCCCUGGUGCCUAUAAAUCGACCGAUCCUGGAAUCAACCUCAACCUCUACUCCAACGAGGCGCAAACCUCUACGCAAUACAUCAUCCCAGGGCCUCCUCUAUACGGUACCGGUGGUACUGUAACUCAACCCCCAAGCAACCCAGGUACCAGCGCCCCCGCGCCAACAUCGGCUCCCCCUGCGACCACCCAGUCGCCCCCGCCCCCCCAAGGAACAGUAGCGCAAUACGGACAAUGCGGUGGAAUUGGGUAUAGCGGCGCAACUGGAUGCGUCUCCCCGUUUACGUGCACGAAGCUGAAUGACUAUUACUCCCAGUGUCUCUAG